AUGAGCCCAAGCUCUGCUGGAUCUGCCCCCGACGCCGACUUUGCCUUUAACGUGGACGCUGCCACCGCCACCAACGCUCGCAUCAACAAGUUUGAUGGUACGAACUUCCACACUUGGAAGUUCAAAAUGCAGAUGGUGCUGGAGGAGCGGGACCUUUGGGAAGUGACAAGCGGGGAGAUCAAGCUGGAACACCUAGCCACUACGCUGGAGCAGUCAACGUUCAAGCGCACAAGUCACAGAAGGCGCUCGCGAUAA